UUCAACUCCUCCACGCGAUCCAUUACCAUUACAGCAAAAAAAACUGAUCAAAUCUCCAUAGCUUUUCUGAGAGAGUUCUAGAGGGAGAGAGAGAGAGUUCUAGAGAGAGAGAGAGGGAGAGGAUAGAGAGAGAUGAAGAUCACGGGGUUGUUGGUGUUGAAAUGCAACCCGGAGGGAACCGACCCGGUCAUCCUGGCCAACGCGACGGAUGUCAGCCACUUCGGCUACUUCCAGCGGUCCAGCGUCAGGGAAUUCAUCGUCUUCGUCGGCCGGACCGUCGCCAAACGGACCCCACCCGGCCAGCGCCAAUCCGUCCAACACGAAGAGUACAAAGUGCAUUCGUACAGUAGAAAUGGCCUAUGUGUAGUGGGUUUUAUGGAUGAUCACUACCCAGUCCGAAGUGCAUUUUCUCUUCUUAACCAGUUGCUAGAUGAGUACCAGAAGAAUUUUGGUGAUUCAUGGAGAACUGUGCAAGCAGAUAGUACUCAACCCUGGCCCUAUUUGAAUGAAGCUCUCACCAAAUUUCAGGAUCCUGCUGAAGCUGACAAGUUGUUAAAAAUUCAGAGGGAAUUGGACGAAACAAAGAUUAUUCUUCACAAGACCAUCGAUAGUGUCCUUGCACGAGGUGAAAGGCUUGAUAGUUUAGUUGAGAAGAGUUCAGAUCUCAGUGCAGCUUCACAGAUGUUCUACAAACAGGCGAAGAAAACUAAUCAAUGCUGUACAAUAUUGUAAGCUUUAGAAGUGAGGAGGCUAUCUUAUCAAAACAUUUACUUGUUCCGGUGUUAUAAAUAUGAUUGUAUCACUAAAUGGUAAUUGUUUGUUUAUAUCAUUACACUCUGUUUGCUUGACAGAUUUUAUGGUUUUUCAUCCUCUUGUAUCUUGGUUUAAUGAUUUAAUGGUUUCCAGAUUGAAAACGAAA